AUGCCCUACCAAACACUAACCAACAUCCGCGUCAUCGACGCCACAACCGGCAUCGCAGGUCCGUACUGCGGCAAGAUGCUCGCGGACUACGGCGCUGAAGUCAUCAAGCUCGAACUUCCCGCCGCGCCCGACCAUUCGCGCGAUGUCGGCGCAUUCCCUGACGGCAUCCCACACCCCGAAAAGAGCGCCCUAUACCUGCACCUCAAUGCCGGCAAGAAGGGCAUCACACUCGACCCCUCCACAGAAGACGGCAAGCGCAUCUUCACCGAACUGGCAAGCCAGAGUGACGUCGUCCUUGAGAGUUUCCGCCCCGGACAGAUGGCGGAAUGGGGCAUCGGCUACCACGACCUGCGCCAGAAUCGCAGCGGUCUCGUGAUGACUUCAGUAACCCCCUAUGGGCAGUCCGGCCCCCACAAGGACUACCAGUUCACCGAGCUGACCAUCUUCGCCUCAGGCGGCGGUAUGCAUCGCGAGGGAUUGCCGGAACGCGAGCCGCUGCGAUACGGCGCGGAAAUAGCCCAGUAUUUCAGCGGCACGACCGCAGCCGCAGCCUCGAUGAUCGCCCUGUUCGGCGUAGCCACGCACGGCGAAGGCGAGUGGAUCGACAUCUCAAUGCAGGAAUGCAUGGCAGGCCACCCACACCAGGCCGGACGCCGCGCCCCUUGGAUAUACGGCAACGAGCCCGACCCCCGCAAGCCGCCGCGCCUAGCCGCCGCUGGAAUGCGCGAACCCUACGCGGUCGGUUCAUUCCACUGCAAGGACGGCUACGUCAGCUUCCUGCCGCUCGGCUCGCGCAUGUGGCCCCAGCUCGCCCGCAUGAUUGACCGCCCGGAUCUCAUAGACAACCCGCACUACCGCUCCGCCGACGACCGCACGGAGCGCCGCGAAGAGCUUGAAGCCAUAUUUCAAGCAUGGUUCAACGACCACACCCGCCUGCAGAUAUUCGCCGCCGGACAGCGCGAGGGCUUGCCCUGCGCGCCCAUUAUGGAGUCACACGAAGCACUCGAAAACCCUCACUUCCGCGACCGCAGCUACUUCGUUGACCUGAUGCACCCCGAUGCCGGCAGCCUCACCUACACCGGCCUCCCAUUCCGCCUGUCCGACACGCCCGUCGCGCCCAACACACCCGCCCCGCGCCUCGGACAACACAACGACCAAAUCUACGCCGAUCUCCUGAACAUCACUGCCCCCGAACUUGCCCAACUGCGCUCAAAAGGUGUAGUUUAG